AUGGUCUUCAACCCCUGCGUACAGCGGUUGGAGUAUUGCAGGAGCUUCGACAUCACUGCUGUCUUUGCAGGCAAUGGCUGGUGCACUCAGAUUAUGUACACCUGGCCAUACUGCAAGAUGGACGAGAACCUUCGCGAGGGCCAGGAGUUGGCACCUCCCAGCCGGGAGGAAACCAAGUAUUUCACGGAAAUGUUUCCCAAGCCACAGUCUCCCACCCAGAUGCCGGAGCAAGCGGCUCCCAUGGAUACAAGUGCACAGCCAAAACGUGGCACUUUCGACGACUCUUCGGCCAAGGAGGAGGGACAGCAGAAAGCCCUCAAAGCGACGGCAAAGCUUGCACCGAAAGUAGAACCAGCGAUGACGGCUUCCACAGUAGCUACACCGACCGGCUCCCAGAGCUCCCAACCAUUGCCGUCCAUGCCAUCAGCACCCUCGACAGCAGACCAGGACACCCAGCAGAAGGGCAAGAACAAGGGGAAGAAGGACAAGGGCAAGGGCAAAGGCAAAACUCCAAAGAAUGGCAACAACGGUCCCUCGCAGACUUCUUCAAACCAGCAGGCCAACCUGGUGUCAGCCAUCGGUCGUCUAUGUCUGAGGCACGAAGAUGCGAUCGCGAUACAGCAAGCCAACCAAGGAUACAUCUUCUUUCUACGCACGACAGGUCCAGAGUCCAUCAUUCAGCCCUUGGCCAGAGUAUCGCAAGCGUGGAACCAAGCCAAGGAAACGGAGAUACCCCGCCAUCCCCUUCGCAUCGUCCUUCUGUCAACUCUCCUGGAAGCAACCAUAGAACGAGUCGAAGCGGCCGUGAAACCGGACAAGAGGGACUCAACGAUUCAGACAGGCCUUGUGCUCAAUCAGGGCGGCGAGUUGUAUUGGCCAUACAUCCAAUGGAAUCAAGAACAGCGCACGGAGGAAGUGAUUUCCACGGAUCAGGUUCGGCCGCUGGAACAUGCGAGACUACUCAGGCGACUGAAUCACCUGCGGGACUCCAUCACGCCGGAGAACAUUCUGAGGUGUCACGGACACCACAAGAUAGCGGAGAAUCUGGAAACCGAGGUCUAUCGUCUGGUUCUGGAAGUCGAGACGGUGGGCGAAGAAGCACAGAAUAUUCACAACUGGCUUCGUCAACUUGUGAAUUGCACGGCUUGGAAGCUGAUCGGGGGCCGGUUCCGGAGGGGGAGAUUGGGGCGCUCGCCUCUGGCGAAGCGUCUGGGCGAGCUGUUGGGACAAUAA